AUGAAGAACUCCAAAUUAUCGAAUAAUCUGUGCCAAGAUUUGAUUAUUGAAAUCUUCACGAAGCUACCGGUUAAAUCCCUUCUCCGGUUUAGGUCAGUCUCCAAAUCGUUAUGCGCUUGUAUUGGCAGCCCCGAUUUCAUCCGUUUGUAUACUCUCCGAUCUCCUGAUGAAAAACUCAUGAUCGCUCACCAAUUUUAUCAUAAAGGAGUAGAUAACCCUUUUAGUUACAUAUACACAUUACAUUCAGAAAGCCAAUUGUCAUCAAGUCCCUAUACAAAUGUACAAGCAGCUGAUUAUCCUUUUACAGGUUUCGGAGUUGUAGGUUCAUCUAACGGAAUUAUAUGUCUUUUUAAAACUGAAAACGGUAUUAGUCUAUGGAACCCUUCAACAAGGCGCAAACUAACUGCACAAGACCGUCCUGCUUGGAUUCAUACUUUGAUUCCAUCUGAACGCCGAUCAUCAUAUCAUGUAUUUGGAUUUGGAUACGACGCCAUCAGUGAUGACUACAAGAUUUUGAGGUGGACCAAACGCGAUACACUAGAAGUGUACUCUGUGUACACGUUGAAAACAGACGCUUGGUGUGAGAUUCGUGGCCCUGCCAUUCAUCCUUAUCUGCAUUCAUGCCAAUGUCUUUUCAACGGAACUUUGCAUUGGGUCGCCGAAUAUAAGUUACCCAUAAUUAUGUACUCUUAUCAUAUGAUGACAUUUGAUUUGAGCACCGGCGUCUUCUCUACGUUUCCAUUGCCAGGACGGAACUGGGACACGAGCCAAGUGACAAUUAUAAAAGGUUAUCUAGCUGUUAUUUCCUCAGAGAAUGCUAACACUUGGAUUUGGGUGAGGAAAGAAGAAUCGUGGUCCGUGGCUUUCAAAUUCAAAACAAUUGAGAUUAACCGAGCAUACAAAGUUUUGCAGCUUUCUGCCAAUGGCGAUUUACUGUUGCAAUCUCUCAUUGAGGGAAUCCUGGUCCAUAAUCCCGAGACACAUGCACAAUCGAGACUUGAGAAGUUCAGGGGUUCUAACCGCGUAUAUGUAAUGGAAAAGUAUGUUGAAGGCCUCGGAUUGCUACACAUGGGGACUUCAUGUUAA